GGCAUCAGUCUCCCUGUCCCGCUUCUCAGUUCUCACUCACCAUCUCUCUCGGUCUCCUUCUCUCUCAAAUCUCACUCUCACGCCGUGUCGCCGCCCCCACUCCCACCUCUCACGGCCGCCGUCUUUCCGGCUUCUCACUGUCUCUAACGGUCUCCCUCUCUCCCUCUCAAGUCUUUGUCUGUCGUCGGUCGCCCUCUCUUACCGUCGUCUGCCUCUCUCUCUCUCUCUCUCUCUCUCUGUGUCUGCCGUCGCUACGUCUACUUGCUCUGCCGGUUGCCCCUCUCUGCCUCUCUACCGUCUCUGCCAAGGCCCAAGGGCCUUUCGGAUUUGGAAUUUCGGCAAGUUAAGUUUUAGUGAAUGAUGAUGGCAUUUGAAGGAAGCAAACCCUCUCAAUCGACUCUAACUCCACGCAAAAUCAACAUCAAGAAAUUUACAGAGUCUCGAGGUCCUGAGCUUGAGGCUCUUCACUCAAUAGUAGCGGAUCGAUUGAAUAAUAAUUUUGGGUCUCAGAGGAAUAAGAGACGGAGAACGACUUCAUUCAACAAUCAAGUUGCCAGGAAGAGAUGCAGAAGGAGGCAGAAGGGAGGAGGAGAAGUUAAUAAGGAUAGUGCUUUGGAGAAAGAUAAUAAGAAGAAGGUCCCUCGGCACGUUCGUCGGAGAGUUGAGCUCCGAAUGAAUCCAGAAACAGGUUUUUGUACUUCUGGAGACGGUACGAAGAGGUUGAGAACACAUGUCUGGCAUACGAAGCGGUUCAUAAUGUCAAAGCUCUGGGGUUUUUACCUUCCUUUGGGUCUGCAGGGCAGAGGAAGAGGUUCUAGGGCAGUCUUGAAGUGGUUUAAACAAGGGGUCCUUGUACAUGACGCAAGCUAUCAUGUUGCUGUCCAAUUGGAGGGUCCUGAGGAUUCUUUAAUGUCGGUUCUAAAAAUGGUGAUGGCGCCUUCCCCUUCAGCUCUUUCUGAAGCUAUUUCUCACUCUGUUAUUUCUGGCUCCAUAUAUGGAAGUGCGAUGCUUUGUCAUGUUGGAGCACCUGUUUCUCAGUCAAUUGCUCCUGUGACCUAUAUGUGGCGAUCUGUUUGCCAGGAGAGUGAUGCUAUGAAUCAUAAUAGUGAUGGAGGCAAUAGGUCAGAGAGUAGUGGGCGUUGUUCUUCCUCUCGCCAAAUUUGGGUGUGGAUACAUGUUUCUGCUGUGAGUGAAGGACUUGAUGCUCUAAAAUUAGCUUGCCAAAAAGAGAUGGAUGAGAGGGGCUGCUUGAUCAAUUGUAUUUCACUUGAAGGUCAACUUGCAAAAUUAGAAGUAUCAGGAUUAAAGGCAUUUCAGCUCCUUCAAAAGAUAUUACAUCCUGUUACUUGUUUUUCAGAAAAAUCUUGGCAAUUGGAGAAACAUUCAGCUGCAGAGUCCAACAGAGACUCUCAAUCUGAAAAGUCUUCUGUACCCGAAAAUGAGGAUGAUUUUUGUACUCGUGCAAUUUUGUCACUUAGAGUCUGGGAUCCUCGCAUAGUGUCUGAGACAAGAACUGCAGAUGUUCCUAAAUCACUUUCUACUUGUAUGUCCAGUGUACCAGAAGCUGAAGCUAAAGAGCUUGCUGCAUCAGCAAGAAUAGUAGACAAGAAUGGGGAGUUGCUCUUAUCAUUUUGGUCAAAACCUGAAGAAAAUGACAUUAUUCAUAAUAAUGAUUUAUGGGAGAGUGGCAGUGGAGUAAGUCCCCCUGUGGAAGAGAGUAUGUUGUGCAUGGAAAAACAUAGGUUGCGGAUGGAAAACUUUUGCCUUGAUGCUCCAAAUUCUGGAAUGUUGAACACUCCAACCAAGGUGCAGUGCUCAAGAUCCUGUCCUAUUAUGCUUUUGAAAAAUAAUGACCAAAAGGGUUUGUUUAUCGGAUGGUCCAUUGUGCUCCCCUUGAGUUGGGUCAAGGCCUUUUGGGCUCCUCUUGUCUCUAAGGGGGCUCAUGCAAUAGGUUUGAGAGAGAAGCACUGGAUUGCAUGUGAAAUGGGGUUGCCAUUUUUUCCUUUGGAUUUUCCUGAUUGCAAUGCAUACUCAUGUUUUAUGGCAAUGGAAAAUGUUGCGUCUACUAAAAAAGCAGAACGUUGUCCUCCUGAUGUCAGACCUUGGAAAGUUCCCAUUCCACCCCCAUGGGACACCAUUCGGCUUGCUUUCAACAAAGGACCCGGAAGAGUUGGAAAUAGGGUUACUUAUAAUGAGGAAGAUAUCAUUGAUGGGAAUUCAUUGGCCAUCUCUAAUUCUGGAAAGUGUGCUAGCUCGGUAUUUGUUCAUCAUAGCAAUUCAUUUGAUGGAAUGGUAGCAAGGACGUGCUCUGUGCUGACUGAUUUCUUGAGAGAAAUCCAAGGUGAUCAUUUGCUUCUAUUUCCUCAACUACCAGACCACAAGACGAGCAUUUUUAAGUUAAUGAAGGAUGAAAGCAUGUUUGGCCUCAGCCUAAAGGGAGUUACCCAAUCUAGUUAUGAUCGUAAACUAUGUUUUGUUAGAGUUCUUCUCCAUGCUUACAAGGAAGGUGUUUUUGAAGAGGGAGCAGUUGUGUGUGCACCUCAACUUACGGAUGUAUCAUUGUUUAUUUCAAGGCAGGAGAAUGACAAGGGAGGACUUCAAAUGCCUCAAUCUGCUGUCAGAUCAUAUUUCAAAGAGCAGUCUUCUGCUAAGUGGGAACUCCACAUACCAGAAGAUGUUGCAAGGGAAGUUCACCGGUGGCCAAUCGGCUUUGUGACAACUGGAUUUGUUCGAGGGAGCAAGAAGCCAGCAGCAGAGGCUUUAUGCGAGGCAGUCUUACUUGCUCAUCUUAGAGAGGAGCAGUGGAAGAACAUGUCCACAAAGCGGAGGAAGGAGAUCUAUGUCUUGGUUAGGAAUCUAAGAUCCUCAUCAUAUAGACUUGCUCUUGCCACCAUUAUCCUAGAACGACAUGAUGAUGUAGAAUUUAUGUGAGCUGCCGGCAACUCAAUGCUGGUUGUGCAUGUCAUGUAAAAAGUGAAUUUUGUUCAAUUUAUUUAUAUUUUUGCCAUGCUUUUUUAGUUACACAUUGUACAGCAAAAUUAGGCCACUACCUAUUCUACCUAAUUGUUGGAGAUGGAUGGAGAUAGAAAGAGA